CAUUGUUCUGGUUUGGCUGGUGGGCUUGAAGAGUCGCAGACGGUGGUCUUUACCUCCUGGACCUACAGCUCUGCCCAUCGUGGGAAAUCUACUGGUUCUGGACAAAAAAGCUCCCUUCAAAACUCUGCUGGAGCUGAAAUAUAAGUUUGCCCCCAAUGGCAGCCUUGGCUCCAUCCCGUAAUGUACUGUGAGACACAUGGAGUAAGACAUAUGGACCUGUGAUGACUGUGUACAUGGGGCCGAGGCGUGUGGUGGUCCUGGUGGGAUACGACACAGUGAAGGAGGCACUGGUGGACCAGGCAGAUGACUUUACUGGCAGAGGACCCCUUCCCUUCCUGGUCCGAAUUACCAGAGGAUAUGGUUUAGGGAUCAGUAACGGGGAGCGCUGGAGUCAGCUGCGACGCUUCACCCUGACGACGCUGAGAGACUUCGGGAUGGGACGUAAAGGGAUGGAGGAGUGGAUCCAGGAGGUCAGCAGCCAGCUGAUCGAUCGCAUCCACUCCAUCAACGCAAAGCCAUUCGAUCCCACCUUCUUCCUCAGCUGCUCUGUGUCUAACGUCAUCUGCUGCAUGGUGUUCGGCGAACGCUUCAGCUACGAUGAUGACCAGUUCCUGCAGCUUCUCCAUAUCCUUGCAAACACCAUUAAAUUUGGCAGCAGCCCCUGGGGUCAGCUGUACAACGUCUUCCCUGGACUGAUGGAGUGGCUUCCAGGUCGACACCACAAAGCAUUUGCUGAUAUUGAAAAGAUGAGAGGCUUCAUCACCAAAAAGAUUCAGGCUCACCGGGAGACGCUGGACCCCAGUUCACCCAGAGAUUACAUUGACUGCUUCCUCAACAGAAUCAACCAGGAGAAGGACAAUCCGACAACUGAGUUCCAGGAAGACAACCUGGUGUCCACGGUGUUGAAUCUGUUCCUGGCAGGAACUGAGACCACCAGCUCCACCAUCAGAUAUGCACUGAGCGUCAUGGUCAAAUACCCUAAAAUACAAGAGGCGAUGCAGCAGGAGAUCGACACUGUGCUUGGACAGAAGCAUUCCCCUCGAAUGGAGGACAGGAAGUCCCUCCCCUUUACAGAUGCGGUCCUCCAUGAAAUUCAGCGUUUUAUGGACAUUGUCCCAAUGGGAAUCCCCCACUAUGCUCUCAGUGACAUCUCCUUCAAGGGCUACACCAUUUCCAAGGACACUGUAAUCCUUCCCCUGCUGCACUCUGUGCUGAAAGAGGAGAACCGGUGGGCCACGCCUUGGUCUUUCAACCCGCAGCACUUCUUGGACCAGAAUGGCAACUUCAAGAAAAAUCCUGCGUUCCUUCCAUUCUCUGCUGGAAAGAGAGCUUGUGUUGGAGAGUCUCUGGCCCGCAUGGAGAUCUUCCUGUUCAUGGUGUCACUGCUGCAGACGUUCACCUUCUCGUCUCCUGGAGGACCUGACAGCAUCGACCUCAACCCCGAGUACAGCAGCUUCGCCAACGUGCCUCGCAGAUACCUGAUCACAGCAACGCCCCGAUGAGAGUGAACCUUCAAAUGUGCUGAAAUUCACAUUAUAUCUUUAUUUCUUUAUUUUAUUUUUUUUUUUUAACCUUUAUUUAACCAGGUAGGUCCCAUUGAGGUUAAAAAGCUCUUUUUCAAGGGAGUCCUGGGGGUCACAAAGUAAUAAGUUACAAUAUUUUAAAAAAUAGAAUACCACAAUUUCAUUACAUUGAGUUUAUGAUUCAUGAUUUUACAUCAAAACGAGUACUCAGGGGAAUUCCAUAACACUCUAAUGACUGGAUUUAUUUUCACAUCAUGUGUAUUCUGCAUAUUUUUUAAUGAAACAACUUAAAUGUUGUAAUUCUUAUUUUUGUGUUUUUGACCUUGUGAAUGUGUAACGCUGGUAAAUCUCUUGUUUGUAGGGAUUCCAGCAUAAUGAGUAGUGUGUAGAUAAACCUCACUUCUUUCUGCUUUCUGGUGGAUUUGGAAUGUUCUGUGUUAGUUUCUGUAAAUGGUCUCUGAAGGGAGGUUAUGAGAAGCACCCAUGGCAGAUCACUGGAGAUAUGAAGUUUUUUGGGUUUUUUUGUUUAUCUGAAUUUGUUUACACCUUUAGGAGAAUCUCUUCUGUUCAAUAAAAAAAAAUCAAGAGAUUUAAAAAAGAACUGUGUAUGGAUGUAUGAAGAAAAAGCAACUGAUCAACAAUUUUAUAUGCUUUCCACAAAAACUGGUUUGUAGCUUGAAACAAAAGUGUUAUGAUUCACCCUCACAUAAGAAGACAGAGAAAUUAACCAACAGAAUUCUUUCCAUGAGUGGUGUUUUGUCCUGUUGAAUUAAAAUGUCAGUUUUUCAUAUAAUUCAUCAAAUUUUUCAACCUUCUGCUUUCAACCAUUUUUCAUCUCCAUCUGGCAGUAUUGAUCCUCCCUCUAUCCGAUCCCAUUUAUGUAUUUGUACUAUUUGUCUAAUGAAAUGCUUUUGUGCUAG